AUGCAGGGGAGCCUGCAGCGAGCUGAAGGGGGCGUGUGUCACCUGCAGCAGCUGCUGCAGCUGCUGCUGCAGCAGCUAACAGAAAAAACAGCACAAGUGGAUGCUUGUUUGGGGGCGCUGCAGCCCUUAGGGUUUUACUUGAAAGGGACGCAGCUAAUUAAUUGUCCUGGAGAAGCAGCAAGCAGCCACGGGAAGAAGGGUUCGGGGCGGCGGCAUUCUGUUGCUGCUGCUGCUGCUGCAGCUGCUGCUGCUGCAGCGCAGGACGCCGCAGCGGCAGACACAGCUGCUGCUGCUGCCGCCGCUGCAGCAACCGCUGCCGGAGCAGCACCAGCAGCUCUUCCCAGGGAAAGCGAUGGCGCCGGAGCGCCUGCUGCUCAGCAGCAACAGCAGCAUAAGCAGCAGCAGCAGCACAAGCAGCAGCAAAAGCAGCAGCAGCAGCAGCCGAGGGAGAAGCUGGGGCAAAGGACCCAUGUGAGGGCUCCAAGCGAAGAGAAACCGCAGCAGCAGCAAACCCUAGCUGCUCCUGCUGCAGCCUCUGCUCCAGCAGCAGUUGGUGCCGCAGCAGCAGGAACUGCUCCUGUUGCUGCUGCCUUGUCCGAUGCAGCGGCUGAUGCUGUACCGGACGGGCCAGUGGCAGCAGCAGCAGCAGCAGCAAAACCAGCAGCAAAAGCAGCAACUGUUGCUGCUACGGGGCCAGUGGCUGCUUCUUUCGCAGUGGCGGCGGAACCUUUACCAGCAGCAGCUGCAGCAGCAGCAGCAGCAGUAGCAGCAGCAGCAGCA